GCGGGCGCAGAUUUGCGCACAGGACGCGACGCGCCACUAAACCACAGAAGAAGAUCAGCUGCUGGGUCGUGACGUCAGCAGCAGAAGAGGAUUGAGAGCGGAUGUUUGCGCUGCUCUUCAUAAACCUUUAAAACAGACCAGACACAGCUUCCUGAUGUCUGAGGACGUCUACGAGAAGUUCCUGGCUCCAGAAGAGCCGUUUCCACUGCUGUCUCAGAGAGGGAUCUCCAGUGAGGAUGCCACGCUGGACGCCAGUGACUUCAGCUUUCAGCUGUCCUCGUGUCACCGGACAGACCCUCUCCACCGCUUCCACAGCAGCAGGUGGCACCUGACCUCCUGUGGCACCAGCGUGGCCAGCUCAGACUGCAGCGAGGAGCUCUUCUCCUCCGUGUCUGUGGGUGAUCAGGACGACUGCUACUCUCUGCUGGACGAGCAGGAGCUGGCCUCCUUUGAGCUGUUCCCCGAGGGCAGUGUGUGCAGCGACGUGUCCUCCUCCAUCAGCACAUACUGGGACUGGUCAGACUCAGAGUUUGAGUGGCAGUUACCCGGCAGUGAUCUAGCCAGCGGCAGCGAUGUGCUCUCCGACAUCAUUCCCAGCGUGCCCAGCUCCCCCUGCCUCGCGUCCAAACGGAGAAACAAACCGCACCGGAACCUGGACGAGCUUCCCUGGAGCGCCAUGAGCAACGACGAGCAGGUGGAAUAUAUUGAGUAUUUGAGUCGAAAGGUGAGCACAGAGAUGGGACUUCGGGAGCAGCUUGACAUCAUUAAAAUAAUCGACCCGAGUGCUCAGAUUCUGCCGACAGACAGCGAGUUCAUCAUCGAGCUGAACUGCCUCACCGAUGAGAAGCUCAAGCAGGUGCGGAGCUACAUCCGAGAGCACGGUCCGCGGCAGCAGCGCAGUGUGAAGAGGAGUCUGGCCAGCAGUGUGAGCGCUCACAGCAGCAGUAACGCCAGCAUCACCAGCAGCAUCAGCAGCAGCAGCACCUCCACCACCUCCAGCAUCAGCAGAGCUCACAGCGACGGGAACCUGGCCUCCGCCGCAGAGAGGAUACGGGACUCCAAGAAGCGCUCCAAGCAGAGGAAGCUGCAGCAGAAGGCCCUGCGCAAGCGUCAGCUGAAGGAGCAGAGACAGGCUCGUAAGGAGAGACUGAGCGGUCUGUUCCUGAACGAGGAGGUGCUGUCUCUCAGAGUCCCAGAAGAGGAGGAGGACCACUGCGACGACCUGGACGUGCUGAUGUGACCCCAGUGACCCUUCAGUGUUCCUUCUACGCCUCCUCCUCAUCAUCAUCCUCAUCACACACAGCAGCGGUGCAGUCUCAGAGCACCUAGCGUCAACGCUAACAUCUGUCUGCUGCGGCCUCACACACACGCUUCAGAAAUACAGUCAAACCAGACACUGUUCAGACACCUUCAACACGUCUCACUUUAUUUCACGCUCAUAAAAUAUGAGAAGAACUUUGAGAUAAAGCUAUGUAACAAAACAUGCUCAGGUCAAAGAGUCAGAACAUAUUUUUGGGCUUAAAAUCUUUGUUUUACUAUCCUCACUUACAUUAAUGAACAGUGUAAAAAAAUAAAAUGAUAAUUAUAUCUGGUGUCUGAAUAAGUUUGGUUGAACUGUAUAUGUCAGAGAUAAAUGAUUAAGUACAUAACACUAAUUGUAUGUGAUAGCAAGUUUAAAACACACUUGUAGAAUUGUGUUCUGCUCUGAGCCAGAAGACAGCGUUCUGUGCCCGCGCAUCUGAAUCGAGGAGAGCUCGGACACGUUCUUCAGUAGCAGUGAAAGAACAGAGAGGUGUUUGUGUUUCAUCACGGUCUCCACUGAGCAUCUGUUCAUUACCUGUACAUCAGUUCUUGUGUAAUGAUGAACUCAGGCAUAGAGGGAACACUGACCGCUCAAGACAUCGCUCGCUCGCUCUCUGCUUCUGUUGGAAAUCUCAUCAAAUCAUGCUUUUGACAUUACAAUUCACAUCAAAAUCAGAGAAAGGAAUAUUUCAUAACUUUGUGAUUAUAUUUAUAUAAUCUGUGUUGUAGAGUGGAAGUGAGGGACUUUGUUUUAGUGUAAAAACUACACUCAUUCAUUAUCUAACAUGUUUUGUUUGGGCCAGAAUGUGUUUGCUUACAGCAUUUGUUUUUGUUAACCUCGCUUAUGUGUUAUUUAAGCUUUCUUUAUAAAUGCAAGCUUUGUUUUAUUGCAGAUGUACUAUUUGAACAAUGAUUUUCCCAAAAAUGUUGCAAAAUGUCUAAAAAACAUAUAUCUAUUGGUUUCACCAUUUGUAAAACAACAGAUAUUUCGAGUCAGGCAUAAAUGUAAGUUAGUAUGACUUAACCGCUUUAGUGAAAUGUCUGCAUAUUCUUAAUUCUAACUGAAUAAAAUCAAAGUAUGACGUGGAUGAGAUGUGAAAUAUGUUGAACAUCAAAAUGCUUUUGUGUCUUAAUAAUAUACUGUCUUGACAUUAAAUAUUUUGAAGCAUUUAAAACAA